UAAAAUGAUUGAAACAAUUUGUCGGGGGCGGAAGGUGAGCCGAACAGGGACACACGGAAUCAAAGUCAACUUUGAAAAGAUGACCCCUCGAAAAGGAACAAAGAUGAAAAAAUAAAUAUGACUCAAGAAGCCGUUGUUAUUAAACCGGAAACGGGAGAGGAGAGCGGUUCGCUUAUUGUCUCUUUCCUCAUAAAAAAAAAAAACCCACAACAACUUGUUGACGGUUAAGUCGUUGUUUGGACCCUGAACGCACCACAGAUACGCCCAAAGUUCCCAGUAAUCUCCACUGGGCUGUUGCUCCAUCCCACUAUGCCAACUCAGUCUAUGCUGCCGUUUGUGGAGAGCCCGGAGGCACUCACCCAAGACAGUUUGAUUAGCAACAGCGCCAGCAUCCCAGGGUCUGGCUCGAGCAUGACACCUCACGCCACCUACCCCUCAAAGACUGUGGCACAAUAUGGAGCGAAUGAGUCGCCGUCUUGCAUGUUUUGUGACCAGACGUUCAAUCACCAGGAUGAAGUGGGGCACCACGUUCUAACACAGCACUCCACCACUUUUUUUGAGCCAGCCGUGCUCAGAAUCGAAGCAGAAUUUAGGAUCCCGGGGCAGAGACCCUGCCCCAAACCAGGCAGCUUUACGUUGGACAAAGAGGAGGUUCACACCUGUAUAGUGUGUGGCUUGGUGUCGCAGGACGCUGGCGAGCUGGAGACCCACCUGAGGAAGCACAAGGACUACUUCACCUAUUGCUGUAAUGUGUGUGGACGGCGGUUCAGAGAGCCGUGGUUUCUCAAGAACCACAUGAAGAUGCACGGGAAAUCAGGAGCCAAGAGCAAGGCCCUGCAAGACCAGGAGGUCCCUGUCACAGUCAACGGUGUCGUCCAAGAGCCUGUGUCAGAUCCUGUAGUCACCGCCUACAAAAUGUGCAUGGUUUGUGGGUUUUUCUUUCCAGACCACAGCAGCUUGGUCGAGCAUAGUAAAGUACACAAUCGAGAGGCGGGGCCUGGAAAAGAUGAAGACGCUGAAUCUAAGGGCACAACUACUGAAUCGCUGACCCAACAGAGUUUUUUUCACAGUCUCAAUCUCAAGCCUUCUCCUGGAGGCAAGUCUCUGAAACCUGAAAGAAUUUCAAAAUGGAUUCCGCAACUGGAUCCCAAAAACACAUUUCAGGCCUGGCAAUUGGCCACCAGGGGCAAGAUUGCAGUUGGUCCCGUUACUACAAAAGAGAUGGGCCCGGAGGCCAGUACAGACAAUGAAGACUGCAGCUCUGAUAAGGAGCAGAUGAGCACUACCUGUUAUGAUGGUCAACGAGACAAAAAUAUAAAAGAGGUUCUCAGCAGAGAGCUCAAAUCUCAGCAGCGGGCUGUGGCAGCAAUCCUGGAACCACAACUACCACAGCGGAGGUCCCUGAUGCAAAAGAGCAAAGAGAAUGAGAGGCCCACCACUUGUGAGGAAUGUCAGCGGACCUUUAAGACCUACCACCAGUUAGUGCUUCACUCCAGGGUACACAAGCGUGAGGGAGGCGGAGAGGAGAGCCCUACCUCAUUCACUGAUGGAACGUUUCCCAGAGCAGUGUCGGCAACCCAUAGCGAGGACAGGACUGAGGAAAGCUUCGACACAGGUGAGGAUGGCUUCUACCAAUCUAAAGACCGAAGACCGAAACACUGCAGCUACUGUGGCAAAUCAUUUCGCUCAAGAUAUUACCUCACAGUACAUUUGAGAACUCACACAGGUGAAAAACCCUACAAGUGUGUUUAUUGUGACUAUGCUGGCGCCCAGAGGACAUCCCUGAAAUAUCACCUGGAACGGCGUCACAAGGACAAUCUUUCCGUGAAGACCCUGAGCAAACCAGUGACUCCUUUGCUUUCCCGGAGCGAUAGGAAAGGAAAUUCAGCACUGAAAAGAUCCAAACUCUGGCUUCCUGUGGUCAAGGGAGAGCUGCAGGAUAAGUUGCAAAGUCCAGAUGGUGAGCUUGACAAAGCGGCUAUACAGAAAGAUGAUGAGUAUGAGAAAGUAAUUGCUGAUCAAGCUUUCAACCCAACUGAGAAUGUGACCAUAAAGUUCCCUGAGGCUGUUAAUCUGAAGGUGGAAAAGGAGGAGAUAAAAGACGAGAACUGCGAGGACCCAUUAAAUCUGUCCUUAAAAGUAUGUCUCUCCGUCCCUGCCAGCACACAACCCAGAAAUGCAUUAAUUCCAUCUGUGUGUUCAUUUUGCACAUAUAAAACCAUCCACCCGGAGGUUCUAAUUAUGCACAAAAGGCUGACUCACAAAGAUAAGUGCGAUGGUGUAAGAAGGAAUACUUAUGCCAAACAGAGGCGCCUUACAGGCUGCCCACCUGCGCUCCAAGGAAAAGACGUCAGCCCACUAGCUAUGAUUGACAGGCGCCACCCUCGCCGAACCAAGUCCCCACCAUGUCAACUGACAAAACCCAAAGAAAUUACGCCUGCCCACCUACUUCGUACUCCGAAGCUGAGCCACGCACCUUUUUACGCUGGUCGCCAUGAGAGAAAGCGUUUCGGGCUCAAUGAUGAGUCACACUCUGGCCAUGAGUCUGCUCACUUAACGGAGCAGGUGAGGAAGUCUAGCCGGGCCGGGAUGUACCAGACCGAGCGACUGCCAACCUUCACCAAAAUUGCAGCUGCUGAGAGGAGUUUCCCCAGGCGAAGCCCAGCCAUGUGGCAAUCGGACGCCGCCCACCGGUUCCUGUCUAGCCAGUUCGGGACCCUGCCUCAGAUUGGCGAGCCAUCCAGCAAGAGGCUAAAGCAAGCUUUACCUGCAGGGGACGCCAGCUACAGAGGACCACCACCAGGGGAUGGACCAAUCAGGCUGCGUCUCCAAGGGAGCAGUGUAAAGGGUAUUUCACAAGGGGUGCGUCCACCUGCGGACGUCUUGACUCCAAUAAAGAGCGUGGCCAUUGGAGGAGGUCUGGAUGCUGACUGGAACAUGAUGAACCUACUGCGUGCCUGCAACCCCAACAACUUGGCAUCACUUUACCAUGGUGUCCCGGCAAACCAAAACAUCAUGGGACUGACUAACCCAAGAGCAGGGGGCAGGAGUGUGCUGUUCCAACACUUACCCACUCUACCCAGCCUGCCGAGGAGAGAGCUCUCAGCGCCUGUCUCUAAUCAACACUAUGUGACCUCUGAUAAUACAACAUAAAAAGGUUAAAGCACACUGAAGGACUUAAGAUAUUAAUACAACAUAAAAAGGUUAAAGCACACUGAAGGACUUAAGAUAUUUCUUCACCUGCUGCCUGACAUAAAUGAGUCUUUGAAAAUGUGAAAUUAUUUUCAUAUGCUGCUACCUUAUUUUAGAGACUACAGUGUCGAGCUUUGGGUUUUUUUUGUUUUUUUUCCCGGGACUGAAAAACAUGCACUCAUAUUUGCGGGCCCAGAAGCUUCCAUUCCUGUUUGACCUACACUACUGUUCAUCGGUGUUUACCAUGUAACAUUUGUGUUUUUUCAGCACAUAGAAAUAUCAUAUAACCUUUGCUGUUUUGAAAUGUUGCUCCUAUGUUCAUUAAUGGAGCCCCUCUCACAAAACACUGACCAGUGAGUUCCUAAUGUCAAACCUUUGAUGCACAAAGUGGAACUUUUGAGUUGGAGUAGAUUCUAAUGAUACAUCGAGGUUUUUUUUUUUUUUUUUUUUUUUUUCCCCCCAGAAGCCCAAUAUGCUACUUAGUUGUCUGGUUGACUGAGAAUGUUCGCACAGUUUGGGUGUUACCGUUCUUCAAAUGGUCCUUAAAUUUACGUUGGUGUUGUAUGGCACAUUUUCAGUCACUUUUCAGGUGUCGCAGACUCUUGAAAGUCGUAUUUAGUUUCAUACAGCAGUUGUCCUUACCAGCCUAUUAUCUCAAAAGUCGAAUGGGUUGUCAGUGCCAAACAAAAGAACAAUCAGACAUGACAAAAACUAGCGGAAUUAAUUUGUGAAUGUGAAUAAAAUAUCUCGGGCAAAGUCAGAUUUACAACCUUUUGGUGCUACCUUGAAGAGCUGAGAUUAAGUUAUUUGUUCUUUUGUUUCACAAUUUGUCAAAUGAAAAGUAUUGUUUGAGAUCUGUAUUACACAAAAUAAAAUGAGGCAAAGAGGUGCAUAAUUAUUGGUUACUUGUGCGUUAUUGGUUAUAGCGACCGUAUUUUCGUCAGGACAACCGGAGGCAGCCUUGUAUGAUAUCUUCCCAAAAUGAAAGUGUAAUCCUAUUUAAUUUAUACCACUUAUAUCUUUAAUACUAAGCACUUUUGUCUGAUAAAGUGAAUAAAAAUCAAAUAAAUCCUCAAAGUAAACAACACAGUGCAAUGAUUACAUAUACAUUAGUCAUCAUUUAGGCUUGUGCUGUACUAAACCCACGACGCGAGUGAGGAUAAACGGUUCAGAAGAUUGAUGGAUGGGUGUAGUGUAUUUUGUAGGACUCUACAGUGUCUUCAGAAAUCUGCCACUAGAGGGCAAUAUUUACAAGGUACAGUACUGUAUAAAGCUCCAUCGGACAAGCAGGCCAACUUCAUGUACGGACUCCGUUGUCUAGUAAAUACGGUACAUUUAUUCAUUCACAUAGUCCAUUGAUUUCAUUUUGUUAGCAUUAAUACAAAACAAUUGUCCCUUUUUUAUUCUGGGCCUAUAAGUGUGACACAGACUUCUCUGGUGGACCCUAAUUGGUAGCGUCAUCAGGUAUCAAAUGCGAUUUCACCAUGCCGUCACGCAUUGGCAGAGCGAUUGACAAAACAGGCUAAAUGGUUCGAAUUAGUGAAGACUGACACUGAAACUAAAAUACAUAAACAUGCUUCAAACCCUGAACUCCCAAUUCCAUAGAAUUAAAGCUAAAAAACAAAAAUUGACAACAUUUCAAAAAUAAAAAUUCCAUAGAUUCCACUGCUUCGAAGCUUGCUUCAAAUAACUUGACGUGACGUGAGAAGAACGAACCACCAUUUCCUAAUCCUGGCAAGCGAAGUCGGUAGAAUUUUGGGCUUGUAAGAGGGUCUUAGGUUCGAUUCCCAUAACACUGUAGCCUGACUUUUUAUGUUACCAGUACGCAUAUCAAUUACUAGGUUACGAUAACCCCUUUACUCACAUCUGUUCCAAGUAGCAAAACAUUUUUUUAUGCACGUCAGCAUCAUAUUUCCCUUUCUCUUGUAAACUACUAUUUUCCAAAUGAAAAAAAAGAGGAAACCGCUAAAUUCAACAAGUCUCAACAAAAAUAAUGUGGCACAUUUGAGUGUUCCCCAUCCCACAUAAUGGGAUAACGCAGUUACACAAGCACACCCAAAUUAUGCCAUUCCCUCCUUUCCCCCAGAACUCUCAAUAACAACACACUGCAAACAUUCAUCAAUAUUUGUAAACUGUGUGUGUGUGUUUGGCUACGAUUUUUCCCCAAGGUUUUCAAUCCACUGCAGACUUGGUUUUCGCCAGGAGAGGUCACUGUAACUGAAGAUUCAAGAAAUGAACCCAUUUUCGAAACUUUGUCCAAGUGGUUCAAUGAUUCACAAAAGCUUCAUCUGCCCAUCACUAGCAUGAAUGAUGAUUCCAGCCUUCUUCUCUACUACCAUACUUUGACUUUGUGAAGUGUCCGUUUGUAGAAAUGAUGUUAUGUGAGGUAUGGUGUAAACUGAUUCAAAUAAAUAAACAUGGUGGAAAUUAAGAUGUAGUUAUCAUGAUCGUUGAGGGACUGGCUAACUCAUUCAGGAGCUAAAUAGCUAAAUAAAUGAAAGUCCUUAACCUGACUCAUGGUAGACGUAGCCUAAGAGCUAGCAUACCACCAAUAUUUGUAAAUGAGCCUAGCCUCCGUUGAAUGGUUCUCUCUGUGAUUGAUGCUGUUUGAAUUUCAGCCUGUGAGGCUACAUGGUAGAUGCUCUACGCGCAUUUCCUAAGCAGGAAGAUGUGCUCUUUUGACGGAGAAAUGGAUAGUAACCUACGAGAAGCAGCAGCUACUAGCA